ACAAUAAUCUUCAACAACAAUCAAUUAAACAGGAAAUACAACCAUUAAAGUGUUCAAAUCCUAUUGUGAAUCGUCAAUCUCUGUUACCAGCUUAUCCAACAUUUGAUCGAUUUGGACCUAUCAAUCGAGAUCAUUUACUUUUAUCUAAUAUUUCUUCUCGAAACUUAACAAAAGAGCAACGACAACGUCGUACUUAUCAUCCAUUUCAUCAACCAUUUACUCUAACUGAUGAAGGUAAUGAUAUUAGUGUUCGAUCACCUUUCUUGGAAGUAUAUGAUGAUUUAUAUGGAAAUUUAACUAAACGUUUUCAAAUUGAUAAUGCCAUUCUUAGUUACAAUUAUGAACGUCUUCGUACUUGUAUGAAUAUUAUGGUACAAGAACGAAUUCGAUACGGUUUACUAGCAUCGGAUACUAUUGGUAUGAAAGAAUUACGAAUGGUUGAAUAUCCAUUAGCAAUGGAAUUUUAUCUACAAAUUGAUGAUGAAUUGUUUUUUAUGAAAACAUGUUCUUUUCGUAAUGCUAAGCCAUCAUUAUACAAUCAUCAUGGUAUCUUCUCUAUCCAUGAACCAAAAGCGCUCUAUGGUCUAAAACCAUGUGAACAAGUUACAUGUCGAUUUUGUUUUCCCAUCACUGAUAUUCUUAUUCGUGGUCGACAAAAUCAACCAGUUGUUCAAUUUUCAUCAGCACAGAAACAUCGUUUUGUCAAUGGAUAUGAAUCUAUUCUCAAUUGUCCAGUGACUUGUAUUACCAAAAAUAUACUCUAUGCAUUGACAUGUCCUUGUGGUCAAUAUGAUUAUAUUGGAUAUACAUCAUUAACAUUGGAUGAACAACUUAAAUAUCAUCGUGAACAUGGUAAUCGAAUUAUGCAUGAAUUUAUUCUUGGUUCAGAAAAUAGUAGUCGUAUGCGACAACAAACUAAAUCACAAGAAGAAUUAAUAGCUGAUAAUAUGUUACUUUAUAAACAUUCAGCUCGGUGUUCAUAUGCUAUGCAAAUGUUUCUGGAUUGUAAUCCGCAAUACUGGUGUUUUGUACCAAUGUCAACAAUGGAAGCACAAACACAAAAUCUUACAUCUGAUUUGUCAAGUGUUUGUACAGCUUUUGAUCGUUCAUUAACUUUUCCAUCGAAUAUUCAUUCAUGUCAUGAUCAAGAAGCUGGUGCAUACAUGACUGAUUUACCUCCAUUACCUUCAGAAAAUCAUACAUUUUCGGUACAUCAACGUUCAAAACAAAUACAAUUAUUAAAAGAUAAACGUGAAU